AUUGUCUUGUCAAACUUAAUUGAGAGAAUAUGGAGAUUAAAAACCAACUCCAAGUUUCCAAUGCAGGGAAACAAAUUGCAGGAACCAAUUUUUUCAAAACUUGUUUCAAUGUACUAAAUGCCUUGACAGGUAUUGGGAUACUAUCAAUGCCAUAUGCAAUUUAUCAAGGAGGGUGGUUUAGUAUUAUGCUGCUAAUUAUUUUUGGGAUGAUAUGUUGCUACACAGCUUUACUAUUGGAAAGGUGUAUGAAUGCACAUCCAGGAAUCAAAUCUUAUGCUGAUAUAGGUGAGGUUGCUUUUGGGUACAAAGGAAGAGCUAUAAUAGCUAUUUUCAUAUACAUUGAGUUGUUUUUAGUUGCCGUGGAGCUUCUUAUAUUAGAAGGAGACAAUUUGGAGAAACUUUUCCCAAAUAUGAGAUUCACAAUAUUUGGGUUUAGAAUUGGUGGUAAAAGUUGUUUUGUGAUUCUCACUGCUUUGGCAAUACUACCAACAACAUGGUUGAGAAACUAUGGAGCUCUAGCCUAUAUUUCAAUUGGUGGAGUAUUUACUUCAAUUAUAUUAAUUGGUUGUGUUGUGUGGGUGGGUGAAGUUGAUGGUGUUGGCUUUCAUGAAAGAGGCCAUUUGAUACAUUGGGAUGGACUAUCUACUUCUAUGAGCAUUUUUGCAUUUUGUUACAAUGCUCAUGCAUUAAUGCCCACAAUUCUCAAUUCCAUGAGUGACAGAAAACAAUUUCCCAAGGUUGUGUUGAUUUGCUUUGUGGUAAGCGUUGUUAUCUAUGGAACUAUUGCCGUUUUAGGCUACACAAUGUUUGGAGAUCAUUUGAAGUCACAAAUAACAUUAAACUUACCCACAAAAACAAUAAGUACUAAAAUAGCAAUCUAUUCCACAAUAAUUAAUCCUUUCACUAAGUAUGCUAUUAUAAUCAGCCCAAUAACAAUUGCUAUCGAGGACAAGUGGAAUUUAUGCAAGAGUAGAGCUAUUAGCAUUUUAGUUAGAACAAUCAUUGUGGCUAGUAGUGUACUUGUGGCACUAUACAUUCCCUUUUUUGCAUACCUUAUGGCGUUUAUUGGUGCAUUCUUGAGUGUAGCAAUGUCAUUGUUGUUUCCUUGCCUUUGCUACCUAAAGAUAAACAAAGCUACCAAGAGUUUUGGGUUAGAGCUGAUCAUCAUCAUGGGAAUUCUUCUCGUUGGUAUACUUAUGGGAAUAUGUGGUACCUAUAUUUCAGUCGGGCAAAUUUUAAAUGUAAUGAAACAUUGAAGUGGAGAAAAGCUUGGAGCAAAGUUGAAGCUCUUUAUUUUUGUAACUCUAGGUAAUAUUGACUCUAUAAACUAGGAAAAAAAUUCUCUUUGUAAGUUACAAGUUGUAAGUUGUAACAACACGACGCAGUAAUCAAUAUCUAUCAUCAUUCCACACACACACCCCUGACGCCAUAUUUUAUAUGCAUAUUAGGGCUAAGACUACGUGUAGCUAAAAAGGAUGCUGAUGACGGAUCGUCACACUCUCUAAUCCAUGCUAUUUUAGCAACAUUAAAUGCA